UUCGGGCCUAAGUAUGGAUGUGUCUGGAGUAACUCUCUUCAUGAUUAUGGUUGCGUUUGGUUGUUUACUCAUUAUCUCACAGUCUGCAGCUGAAGAAAUGCGCCCGACGGCAGAGAAAGGAGAUACUAGUUCUAGACAGUUUUCAGUUAAUGCCUGUCUUGGACAAUGCGCGGUUACGGUUGGUAUGAAGCAUCACGUGUGCGAAACCGAGAUGUGCUCAGAAAACGUCGUCCUACCGCUCGUUUUUACCGAAGGGAUGUUCUGCGUCCGAGGCGGACAGGCUGUUGUCGAUCGCACCGUCACUAUCACGGAAUGCCAAGUCGUUCCCUACAUAUUAACCGAUGGGAGACUUACGUGGCUCCUAGUAAUAAGCAAAGGCAUUCUGUGCAAAGCAAUUUGUUACAAUAUUGUCUCUUUAUUGGGAAACGUUCCUCUAUUUGCCAUUGAAAAGUACUCUGUUCUGAACACCAAUUAUGAAGAUCAAAAUCAUUCUCAUAUACUGAAUGUUGCACCCAAUGCAGAGUAUUGUGCUCUCGGAGGCGUCAGACUAGACUUGGAAAGUGACCCUGAAGACAAGGUGAAGGCAUAUGGCGAAUGCAAAUUGGAACACAUCAAAUCAAACGUUUCUCAAAAAAUGAUUCCGGCAGUGUUGGCUAUAGCUACUCCACUAAAAAAAAAUAUUGCAGAGUGUGGAGUAUGGUGUAUACUUACAAAUUCACAUAUAUUACUAGAAGAUGUGAAAAUCUUUAACGAGCGUGGCAGGAUUGAAACAUUUGAGAACUGUCCGUAUUGUUCUCUCGAUGAUUGGUCAAUGGUGCUGCCUGUGUCGGACAGUGGCCAGGUUUCCCCACAAUGUGCGCUGACUAUAGACGAUGACAAUUACUGGAAUUUUCAAGUAGUUGGUGCACCAACUGUGAGGUGCUCUGUUCAAUGUUUUUGCACGUCAAAGCUGUCUCCGGAACAAGACGGAAUCUAGUGUAGACGCUAUGACUAGACUGCAGUUUAUGUAGUGGGUUGCACUUUAUAGAUAAUUGUGAUUGAUGGUGCUGUCACUGAGGGAAGCUUUGAUAUUGGCGUUAUGUGUGUACUACUAUAUGCAUUAUUAACAAAGCACAGCAGCAGGAAACGCUGUUAGAUCUAGAUAAUUGCAAAAUAAAAAAAUUGG